AUGUCUGAAUUCGCGGCUAGCCACGUCGAAAGUGGUUCUCAACAAAUUUCCAUUAAUUCUACUCCGGUAGUGAAAAAGCUAGAGACAGAUGAAUCUCCAAUUCAAGCUAAAUCUGAAUACACUAGCGCUGAAAUUCCAGCAAAGCCAAUCACUGCUUAUUGGACUGUCAUCUGUUUAUGUUUAAUGAUUGCAUUUGGUGGUUUCGUCUUUGGUUGGGAUACUGGUACUAUCUCUGGGUUUGUCAACCAAAGUGAUUUCAAAAGAAGAUUCGGUCAAAUGAAGUCGGACGGAACUUAUUAUCUUUCUGACGUCAGAACUGGUUUAAUUGUCGGUAUUUUUAAUAUUGGUUGUGCUAUUGGUGGGUUAACAUUGGGACGUCUAGGUGAUAUAUAUGGGCGCAGAAUUGGUUUGAUGUGUGUGGUUCUGGUAUACAUUGUUGGUAUCGUGAUUCAAAUUGCUUCUAGUAACAAAUGGUACCAGUACUUCAUUGGUAGAAUUAUCUCCGGUAUGGGUGUCGGUGGUAUUGCUGUCCUAUCUCCAACCUUGAUUUCUGAAACUGCUCCAAAGCACAUUAGAGGUACUUGUGUCUCUUUCUAUCAAUUGAUGAUCACUCUUGGUAUUUUCUUAGGUUACUGCACGAACUAUGGUACUAAAGACUACACCAACUCUGUUCAAUGGAGAGUCCCAUUAGGUUUAGGAUUUGCCUUCGCUAUUUUCAUGAUUGCUGGUAUGUUAAUGGUCCCAGAAUCCCCAAGAUUUUUGGUUGAAAAGGGUAGAUACGAAGAUGCUAAACGUUCUUUGGCUAAAUCUAACAAGGUCACAGUCGAUGAUCCUAGUAUUGUCGCUGAAAUGGAUACUAUCAUGGCUAAUGUUGAAACGGAAAGAUUGGCUGGUAACGCUUCUUGGGGUGAACUGUUCUCUAACAAGGGUGCCAUUUUACCUCGUGUCAUCAUGGGUAUUAUGAUCCAAUCCUUACAACAACUGACCGGUAAUAACUAUUUCUUCUAUUAUGGUACCACUAUUUUCAACGCCGUCGGUAUGAAGGAUUCUUUCCAAACUUCUAUCGUUUUAGGUAUAGUUAAUUUCGCCUCCACCUUCGUUGCCUUAUACACUGUCGAUAAAUUCGGCCGUCGUAAGUGUCUAUUAGGUGGUUCUGCUGCCAUGGCUAUUUGUUUCGUCAUUUUCUCCUCUGUCGGUGUCACAAGCUUAUAUCCAGAUGGAAAGGACCAACCAUCUUCUAAGGCUGCCGGUAAUGUCAUGAUUGUUUUCACCUGUUUGUUCAUUUUUUUCUUUGCCAUUAGUUGGGCUCCAAUUGCUUAUGUUAUUGUCGCUGAAUCUUAUCCUCUACGUGUCAAAAACCGUGCUAUGGCCAUUGCUGUUGGCGCUAACUGGAUUUGGGGUUUCUUGAUUGGUUUUUUCACUCCUUUCAUUACAAGCGCCAUUGGUUUUUCAUACGGUUACGUUUUCAUGGGCUGCUUAGUAUUCUCAUUCUUUUACGUCUUCUUCUUUGUUUGCGAAACUAAGGGUUUAACUUUAGAAGAAGUUAAUGAAAUGUACGUUGAAGGUGUUAAGCCAUGGAAGUCUGGUAACUGGAUCGCAAAAGAGAAUAGAGUUUACGAGGAAGAGCUAGAGACGGAAGCUUAA